AUGGAGGCAGAAGGCGUUCUGAAGGCUGACGAUGGAGUGGAGGACAGAGCAGAGGAUUCAAGUUCCAAAAACAAUAGCCAACCUGAUGUUGCUCUGCCUGAAUUCUCACCUGGAGGGCAGUCUCCCAGCCCCAUGGCUCUCUGGGAGAAGCUAGAAAGGGAGUUUCUGGACUAUCGACAGUUUGCUUACAGGAACCCAACAGAGCGUCAGAAGAACCUGUUGAAUCUUCUUCCACUGUUCCUAAAGGCAUGGGAACACUCUGUGGGAAUCAUCAGCUUCCCUAGUCUCCAAGAGCUGGCAGAAGAUGUUUCCAACCAGUUUGCUCAAGAAAUUCAGAAGGCACUUGUGGGAAAGCCUGCAGAGCAAGCACGGGUGGCUGCGGGGAAGCUGUUGCGGUGGACGGGGGAUGUGGAUCAGGAUGGCUACCUGCUCCUGAAGUCGGUGUACGUGCUCAUGGGCACAGACUCGGAGACAAUGUGCAGAGUCGCAGAGUCUGGGCUCCCAGCCCUGCUCCUCCAGUGCCUCUACCUCUUCUUUGUCUUCCCCCUGGACAAGGAGGAGCUCUUUGAGAGUGAUGUUCAAGUCCAGCGAAUGUUCGUGCAGAUGUUGCUGAACACUUGCAGUGAGUCUCAGGGGUUAGAGGCUCUCCUCUCAGGGAAUGAGCUCCAAUCUCUUGUGAUUGCCACAACCUGUCUCCGGGAGCACAGCUGCUGUUUCUGGAAGGAGCCUACGUACUGCGUGCUGAGAGCAAUCUCCAAGGCUCAGAAUCCUGGCAUCAUCCAAUACCUGCAUGCCAUGAACUGUGUCAAGAUCUCCCUACAGAACCUCUCAAGGCUUGCAGAAACUCUCCCGGCUCCUGACGUGAGUGAGGCUGUGAACCUCAUCUUGGGCUUUGUGAAGGACUCGUACCCUGUUUCUUCCACUCUGUUUCUUGAGUUUGAGAGUGGGGACGGCUACCCUCUGCUGCUCAAAGUGUUACUUCGGUAUGAUGAGCUUAGUGAGAGCGAAGAGGACCCUCACCUGGAGGAGCUGGUUGGGCUGGUGGUGUGGCUGACAACCUGUGGAAAGGCAGAGCUGAACGUGUUUGACAGCAUCACUUACCCACAGCUAGAGGGCUUCAAGUUCCAUCAUGAGGCUUCCGGGGUGACUGUUAAGAACCUUCAGGCCUUCCAAGUCCUGCAGAAUGUUUUCCAUAGGGUCAGCAACUCUGUGAUCUGCCUCAAAGUCUUAACAGCCAUCAAGACCAUGUGGGCCUGGAACGCCCGCAACUUCUUCCUGCUGGAGUGGACCCUGCAGCCCAUCUCGCAGUUUGUGGAGCUCGUGCCCCUGAAGCCGCUGUCAGUACAGAGACUCUUCUUCCAACUGCUGGAGGCCCUGGUGUUUGAGCUGCAUUAUGUGCCCCAUGAGAUCCUGCGGAAGGUGCAGCACCUGAUCAAGGAGAGCCCUGAGCUACCCUGCAGCCUUGUCGCCCUGCAGAGCAUCAUCAAGAUCGUGGGCAGGGACCUGCUCUUCACCGACAUCUUCCGGGACUCAGGACUCCUGGGCCUCCUGCUGGCCCAGUUGCGGAAACAGGCCAAGAUCCUGAGGAAGUCAGGAAGCAAAGAGUCCAGUCUUGGUGUUCAAGAUCCAGAAAGAGAUCUCACCUGUGUGAUGCUGAGAACUGUGGAUGCACUUCUGAAAGGCUCAGUUCGGAAUGCUGUUGUUCUGAAAGACCACGGCAUGGUGCCCUUCAUCAAGAUCUUUCUGGAUGAUGAAUGCUACCGAGGACCCUCACUCAGCAUCUUGGAGCAGCUGUCAGUGAUCAACCCAGAGGAGUAUAUGAGCAUCAUUAUAGGUGCUUUAUGUUCAUCCACGCAAGGGGAGCUGCUGCUGAAACUGGAUCUGCUGAAGUCUCUGCUCCGGAACCUGGAGACUCCCAAAGGCCGUGCUGCUUUCCGAGUGUCCAGUGGGUUCAAUGGGCUGCUGUCCCUGCUUUCUGACCUGGAGGGAUCUCUUCUGGAGCCUCCACUGCAGACCUGGAGGACAGUGUCACCCAGUCAGACGCUAGACCUCAUUCUUCACACGCUUUGUGCCUUGUCAGCAGCAUUACACCUGGACCCUAUCAAUAGUGACUUCUUCAGGAGGAACGGGCUCCCUGAGAAGCUGGCUGAUGACCUCUGCCUACUGGGCUGUUUUGGGGCUCCGCAGGAAGAGGGGACCCCUCCACACUCCAUGGUUGACACAAAGACCAGGCCACUGGCUGAUUUGCUGAGUGUGGCACUUUCCACUGCCAGCCCGUUCCCACCCAAGAUACAAAGCUGCCUGCAGAUCCUGAACUUUCUGGAUAGCAUGGUCAGUGGCACCCUGCACAGGGAUCUGAAGGAGCCCCUGAAGGAUGGGCAGGAGCCAACUACAGAUGCCCAGGAAGGAGGAGAAGGCAGUGGUCCCCGAGGAAACAUCAGGCAGUGGCCAGACCUGGAGGAAAGGCUAGAAGAGACUGACGUUCUCUUUCUUUCUCUCUGUAGAACAGAAGAAGGUGGUGCUGUGAUCAUGCACCCUGAGAUCCUGUGCAUCAUGGUGAGGAUGCUGCCUCAGUUGUACCAUGAAGAUCAUCCCCAGCUCUCCGAAGAGAUCCAGUGUUCUCUGGUCAGUCACAUCCAGUCUGUGGUGAAAUCGGAGAAGAACCGUCAGGUCAUGUGUGAGGCUGGGAUGCUCAGGACACUCAUGACCUCCUGUCACAAGGCCUUGGCCACUCCUAGCAGCUCCUUACAUGCGGGCCUCAUCAGGAUUUUCGAAAAACUUGCUUCCCAAGCCAUUGAACCAGAUGUGCUAAGACAGUUUCUAGGUCUCGGCAUCACUUCAUCUCCGUCGACUGCAGUGAAAAUCCUCACUUCAUCUCAUGUGCAUGAAGGAGAUUCCAGUGGUUCAGGGUCACAGACAGCUGCAUUAGUGAGUGCUGAGGGUCCUGUUGGUGCCACUCUGGAUGCUAGCCCUCGGGCUGCACUCACUCUAGCUCCGGGAUCCUCCACAGCAGACCUGGGCACCACUACUGCCCUCCAGACAGCCUUGAGCCUAAUCUCCAUGACCUCCCCACGCAAUCUGCAGCCACAGCGGGCAGCCCUGGCUCCAUCGUUUGUGGAAUUCGACAUGGUCAUGGAAGGCUAUGGAUGUUUGUUUAUCCCCACCCUGUCUAUAGUUUUGGGAGCCAGCACUGAGUACUCAGUCUCUGGAGGGAUUGGGACAGGUGAUGCCAGAUCAUUCCCUCCACCUGGGGGCCUGACCUUCUCCUGCUGGUUCCUGAUCGGCAGGCACAGCACGGCCCUCGAGGGCCACCCACUGAGAUUCCUCAGCCUCGUGCGCCAUCUGGCCAGGACCGAGCAGCCCUUCGUCUGCUUCUCUGUCAGCCUCUGCCCGGAAGACCUCUCUUUGGUUGUGUCUACAGAAGAGAAAGCGUUUCAGCCCCUAGAUGUCAUGGAACCCGAGGAUGACUGUGAGCCUUCUGCAGGACGCCAGCUUCGUGUCAGGUGUAGCCAGCUGCUGACUUGUGGUCAGUGGCAUCACCUGGCUGUGGUGGUCACCAAGGAAAUGAAGAGGAACUGUACUGUUUCUGCCUACCUAGAUGGCCAAGUCAUUGGCUCAGCCAAGAUGUUAUACAUUCAAGCAUUACCAGGACCUUUUCUUUCAAUGGAUCCCUCUUCAUUUGUGGAUGUUUAUGGAUAUAUUGCUACCCCUCAAAUUUGGAAACAAAAGUCAUCAUUAAUGUGGCGCCUUGGCCCCACAUAUCUCUUUGAAGAAGCCAUUUCAAUGGAAACUCUUGAAGUUAUUAACAAACUUGGCCCAAGAUACUGUGGUAACUUCCAAGCUGUACAGGUCCAAGGAGAGGAUCCCAGACAAGAAGGGACACCGCUGGUUGCUGAGGAGAAGGUUUCCUUUGGUCUUCACGUAGCCAGCUCCUCCAUCACCAAUCUUGUUGAGAUCAGAAACACUUACAAUGAAGUGGACAGCCGCCUGAUUGCCAAAGAGAUGAACAUUUCAUCCCGUGAUAAUGCCAUGCCUGUGCUCUUGCUAAGAAACUGUGCUGGUCACCUCUCGGGUUCUCUGAGGACCAUUGGAGCCGUGGCUGUGGGCCAACUGGGGGUGAGAGUGUUCCACGCCAGCCCUGCUGCCAGCGGCCUGGACUUCAUUGGUGGGCCUGCCAUCCUCCUGGGCCUCAUAUCCUUAGCUACAGAUGACCACACUAUGUACGCAGCUGUCAAAGUCCUGCAUUCGGUCCUGACCAGCAAUGCCAUGAGUGAUCACUUGAUGCAGCACAUCUCUGGGUACCAGAUAAUGGCCUUUCUCCUGAGGAAGAAAACUUUUCUCCUGAAUUAUCGCAUCUUCCAGCUUAUUCUCUCCAUUGCUGGCACUGCUGAGUUGGGUUUUGGGUCAUCUGCUAUCACCAAUGUUGGGGUCUUUCGGCAUAUACUCUGCAAUUUUGAGCUCUGGAUGAACACUGUGGACAACCUUGAACUCUCCCUCUUUUCUCAUCUUGCGGAAAUCCUUCGAUCACCAAGGGAAGGACCUCGGAAUGCUGAAGUUGCGCAUCAGGUACAGCUCAUACCCAAGCUCAUCUUUCUCUUCAAUGAGCCAGGCCUCACCCCUUCCAAGAUCCCCACCAUUAUAGCCAUCCUAGGCUGCCAGCUGAGAGGUCAUUUCAGCAUCCAGGACUUUCUCAGAAUUGGACUAUUUGUUAUGUACACCCUGAAGCCUUCAUCCGUGAAUGAGAGGCAGAUCUGCGUGGAUGGAGCCGUGGACCCCUCCGUGCCUGCUGGAAGUCAAACAUCUGGAAAGACAAUCUGGCUCCGAAACCAGUUGCUGGAGAUGAUGCUCAGUGUAAUAUCUUCCUCCCAACUUCAUUUGUCCUCUGAGUCAAAGGAAGAGCUCUUCCUGCAUCUGGGUCCUGACUGGUUCCUGCUGCUUCUGCAGGGCCACCUGCACUCCAGCACCACUGUGUUGGGAAUGAAGCUGCUGCUGCACUUUUUAUCCAGCCCAUCCCUGCGUGUGCGGUUCAAAGAUGGACUGCCUGUGGGAUCCUGGGUGGAACACAGCUCCAAAGGCAUAGACAUCAUGAUGGAUAACCUGAAGAACUCCACUCUCACACCUGACCAGAGCCCGUGCCUGCUUCCUGGGUUCAAAGUCUUGAAUGACUUUCUCGCCUACCACAUUCAUGUUCCAGAAGUCUACCUCAUCGUGUCUGCCUUCUUCCUACAAACGUCACUCACAGAGCUGAUGGAUGGGCCCAAAGACAGCCUGGAUGCCAUGUUCCAGUGGCUUCUGCUGCAACACCACAGGGAAGAAGUACUCCGAGUGGGGCUGUGCACAGAAGGUGCCCUGAUGCUUCUGGAAAUGCUGAAAGCCACCAUGAACCAGCCCUCCACAGAGUCUGAAGAUGGAGCCUGGGAACGCACUUUCCCAGCCAGCGUGCUGCAGUUCCUUAGCCUGGUGCAUAGAAACUACCCUCAGGAUCCAGCCUGGCGAAGUCCGGAAUUCCUCCAGACCUUAGCUGCAGUCACUUUCCCUCUGGGAACCUACAAGGGAGCUGCGAUGGAGUUCAUCCAGGAUGCUGGUAGUUCUGAGGUCGAGGCUGAAAGAGACCCUAUGGUGACCCUGACUUCUGCCAGGUCACAUCCCACCCGGAAGCAGUUGAGGGAGUUCACACAGCUACUCUUGAAGGAGCUCUUGCUUAUGGCCUCCAGCCCCAAGCAGUGGUUACCACUAGAGGUGCUCCUGGAGGCUGCUCCGGACAAUGCCACCAGCCAACAGAAGCGAGAAUUCCAGUCUGAGAUCCUGCUUUCCAUCAUGGAAAUAUUUCAUGUGAUGGGUGGAGUAGACUCAUCGACACUUAGAGGCAGUCAAGAGCCUCAGCAGAAUGCAGAAGCCACUGCUCCUUCUCUCACAAACAUCUCCCACUUCACCCAGAAACUGGUGGAAAAGCUGUACAGUGGGAUGUUCUCAGCAGACCCCAAACACAUCCUCCUCUUCAUCACAGAGCACAUCAUGGUGGUCAUCGAGAAUGCCUCUUCUCAAAGGGAUGCUGCCAUCAGUGUUUUAUACAGCAGUUUAAAUAGAGUCAUCCUUUACUGCCUUUCCAAGCCUCAGCAGUCCCUAUCUGAGUGCCUCAGCCUUUUCAACAUCCUGGUCUUUCUCCAGGAACACUGGGACAUUAUCUUUGCCACUUAUAACUCCAACACCAGCUUCCUCUUAUGUCUCAUGCAUUGUCUUUUGCUGCUCAAUUCAAGAAGUUUUCCAGAAGGAUUUGGAUUGGAUCCCAAGCCAAGAAUGACUCCUUAUCAUCAAGUAUUUCUUUUUCCAAAUGAAGAAGUCAGAGAAAAAACAGGGGACGACCUUCCAAGUUUGAGUGACGUCCAGCAGAACAUCCAAAAGAUGGCACAGACUCUCUGGCAGCAGUUCACGGCACAGAGGCGGCAGGAGCUAGAAGACAACUUUAAGAUGGAUAUCUGUGUGAAGCCUGGAGACAGUGAAGUGAAGAUUGAGGAGGUCACUCCACUCUGGGAGGAGACGAUGAUAAAGGCCUGGCAGCAUUAUCUAGCAUCUGAGAAGAAGGCACUGUCCAGUCGCUCAAGUGUUGGUCACCAUAGCAAAGUUGCUCUGUGGAGUGAAAGCUUGUCUUCGGCCAUGAGGCUGAUGCCUGGACGGCAGACCAAGGACCCUGAAUGCAAGACAGAGGAUUUUGUGUCUUGCAUUGAGAACCACAGAAGAAGAGGACAAGAACUCUAUGCAUCUUUAUACAAAGAUCAUGUGCAGAGGCGGAAAUGUGGAGAAAUCAAGGCAGCCAAUGACUGGGACAAGAUUCAGGAGCAGCUUUUUGGGGAACUGGGCUUGUGGGGCCAGAAGACAGAAGCCACCCUCUGCUCCCAGUGGGAACUGGAUUGGCGAGAAGGACCUGCUCGCAUGAGAAAGCGCAUUAGACGCUUGUUUCCAUCUGAUGCUCUGGGUGGAGGAAGGCUCAAGAAGAACCAAGAAAGAAAUAGGAAUUUUUCUCAAACAGAUGUGGAAAAUCAAGAUGAGCUGAGCACAGAGAGAGUUGAAGGCGAGAUUGAUGAGGUGGCCGUGGACUGCACCCAGUUGACCUUCUUCCCUGCCUUACAUGAAAGUCUGCAUUCCGAAGACUUCUUGGAACUGUGUCGGGAAAGACAAGUUAUCUUACAAGAGUUUCUUGAUCAUGAAAAGGUGACACAGAAGUAUUCCCUGGUGAUUGUGAAGGGCCACCUGGUCUUCGAAGCAGUCCUGCUGUUUGGCCAACAGCACUUCUAUAUCUGCGAGAACUUCACACUGUCUCCUGUAGGUGAUGUCUACUGCACCCGUCACUGCCUAUCCAACAUCAGCGAUCCAUUCAUUUUCAACAUGUGCAGCAAAGACAGGUCCUCCAACCAUUACUCUUGCCAGCGACACAGCUACAGUGACCUCAGGGAGCUCCGGCAGGCUCAGUUCCUUCUACAGGACAUCGCCCUGGAGAUCUUUUUCCGAGAUGGAUAUUCCAAGUUCCUUGUCUUUCACAGCAGUGAUAGGAGUAAGGCCUUCAAAAGCUUCUGCUCCUUCCAACCCAGCUUGAAGGGGAAAGGCAUCACAGAGGACCCCCUCCAUCUAAGGAGAUACCCAGGCUCUGACAGGACCAUGCUGCAGAGGUGGCAGAAAAGGGAUGUGAGCAACUUUGAGUAUCUCAUGUACCUCAACACCUUGGCUGGCAGGACCUACAAUGACUACAUGCAGUAUCCUGUGUUUCCCUGGAUCUUGGCCGACUACACCUCACAGACGCUGAACUUGACAAAUCCCAAGACUUUCCGGGAUCUUUCAAAGCCCAUGGGGGCUCAGACCAAGGAAAGGAAGCUGAAAUUUAUUCAGAGAUUUAAGGAAGUUGAGAAGAUUGAAGGAGACAUGACCGUCCAGUGCCAUUACAACACUCACUACUCCUCGGCCAUCAUUGUCGCCUCCUACCUGGUCCGGAUGCCACCCUUCACUCAGGCCUUCUGCUCUCUGCAGGGUGGAAACUUUGAUGUGGCAGAUAGAAUGUUCCACAGCAUGAAGAACGCAUGGGAGUCGGCCUCCAGGGAGAACAUGAGUGAUGUCCGGGAGCUGACGCCAGAGUUCUUCUACCUGCCUGAGUUCCUAACAAACUUCAACGGGGUGGAGUUUGGCUGCAUGCAGGAUGGAACAGCACUGGGGGAUGUGCAGCUCCCUCCCUGGGCUGAUGGGGACCCUGGGAAAUUUAUCAGCCUACACAGACAGGCUCUGGAAAGUGACUUUGUCAGUGCCAACCUCCAUCACUGGAUCGACCUCAUUUUUGGGUACAAGCAGCAGGGCGCAGCCUCGGUGGAGGCUGUUAACACCUUCCACCCCUACUUCUAUGGAGACAAAAUAGACUUCAACAACAUCAGUGACCCCCUGAUCAGGAGCACCAUUCUGGGAUUCAUCAGCAAUUUUGGGCAGGUGCCCAAACAGCUCUUCACUAAACCUCACCCGGCCAGGACUGUGGUGGGGAAGUCGGCCCCAGGAAAGGACAUCUCCACGCCCGCCGGCCUGCCUGGACACCCGCAGCCCUUCUUCUACAGCCUGCAGACCCUGAGGCCAUCGCAAGUCACUGUCAAAGAUAUGUAUCUUUUCUCUCUAGGCUCCGAGUCUCCCAAAGGAGCCAUCGGCCACAUUGUCCCUGGCGAGAAGAGCAUCCUGGCUGUGGAGAGGAACAAGGUGCUGCUGCCUCCUCUCUGGAACCGGACCUUCAGCUGGGGCUUUGAAGACUUCAGCUGCUGUCUGGGGAGCUAUGGCUCAGACAAGAUCCUGAUGACAUUUGAGAACCUAGCUGCCUGGGGCCGCUGUCUGUGUGCCCUAUGCCCAUCGCCCACAAUGAUCAUCACCUCGGGGGACAGCGCUGUGGUGUGUGUGUGGGAGCUCAGCCUGGCCAAAGGUCGCCCCAGAAGCUUGUGUCUCAAGCAGGCCUUGUAUGGACACACACAGGCUGUCACAUGCCUGGCAGCAUCAGUCCCCUUCAGCCUCCUGGUGAGUGGCUCUCAAGACUGCACCUGCAUCCUGUGGGACCUGGACCACCUGGCCUAUGUGAACCGCCUGCCUGCACAUCGGGAGGGCAUCUCUGCUAUUGCCAUCAGUGAUGUCUCGGGCACCAUUGUCUCCUGUGCAGGAGCCCACCUGUCCCUGUGGAAUGUCAAUGGACUCCCACUUGCCAGCAUCACCACAGCGUGGGGCCCAGAAGGAUCCAUAACCUGCUGCUGUGUGAUGGAGGGGCCAGCAUGGGACACAAGUCAUGUUAUCAUCACUGGGAGUCAAGAUGGCAUGGUCCGGAUCUGGAAGACAGAGGACGUGAAGACAUCUGUUCCUGGGCCAGCAGCACUAGAGGAACCCUCAGAUCAACCUCCUAGCCCAAGAGGUCACAGGUGGGAGAAGAAUCUUGCCCUGUGCCGAGAGUUGGAUGUCAGUGUUGCUUUGACAGGGAAACCCAGCAAGACCAGGCCUGCAGUGACAGCUCUGGCCGUGUCCAGAAACCAGACCAAACUCCUUGUUGGCGAUGAGAAGGGGAGAAUAUUCUGCUGGUCUGCAGAAGGCUAGAAGGACACGAAGGAAACCUCUGCUCCUCAAGGCCCUGGAGCCGAGACUGCUGGCCAUCAGCUCCUCAGGCACCAAGGAGUGCUGUCCCCUGCCCCUCGGUUGCACAAGGAUGCUGUUCAACACCGAUGAUAGGCAUGGACGUUGGGUCUUGUGAGCAGUAUACUGGUGACCCACGGCUGCCUCACUGAAGAGGAGAUGACACACCCCUCACUCUUCAAAGGGCUCACGCCACUGAGGAUGGGGGGAUGAGGGUCACU